GAUGUUCUCCCUGAGUACGGUUUUCCAAAGGGUCUUCUUCCGAACAACGUGAUCUCCUACACCCUCUCCUCCGACGCCUCCUUCAUCCUCCACUUAGAUGCUCCCUGCUAUGUCUACUGGGAGAACCAGUUGGUCUACUACAACACCCUAAUCAAGGGCACCCUCACCUACGGUUCCGUCUCCCACGUCUCAGGGAUUCAGGCUCAGAAACUCUUCCUCUGGCUCCCCGUCACCGGAAUCAAGCUCCACCAGGAUUCCGGCACGCUUCAGUUUUUCGUCGGAGCUUUUUCGCAGGAAUUACCCGUCACCGACUUCCAAGAUGUACCUGGGUGCGCCCGUACAGGAUCGCUGCUCAAUCCAAAUCUUUUCCUUCCUCUGUAACCCUCCUCUUCCUUCUUCCUUCUCUCCUCCGUCUUCUUCAAAUUAAAAACUUUAUUUUACCAACUGAAAUAAUAUUCAUUAAAAUCUGUAUGCAUUUGGAGUGAAAUUUCAUCAUCAUUAAAUUUGUCUCUUCA